AUGGUGAUCAUGUCAGAGUUGAGUGCGGCCCCCGCGGGCUCCAGCCAGAGCCAGCAGAAGCCCCUCCGGGUGGGCUUCUACGACGUCGAGAGGACCCUGGGCAAGGGCAAUUUCGCCGUAGUGAAGCUGGCCCGGCAUCGAGUCACCAAAACCCAGGUUGCAAUAAAAAUAAUCGAUAAAACUCGAUUAGACUCCAGUAAUUUGGAGAAAAUAUAUCGUGAGGUUCAGAUCAUGAAGCUUCUGAAUCAUCCUCACAUCAUAAAGCUUUAUCAGGUUAUGGAGACAAAGGAUAUGCUUUACAUUGUCACCGAAUUCGCGAAAAAUGGAGAAAUGUUUGAUUAUCUGACCUCCAACGGGCACCUCAGCGAGAACGAGGCACGGAAGAAAUUCUGGCAGAUUCUGUCCGCCGUGGAGUACUGCCACAGCCACCACAUCGUCCACCGGGACCUGAAGACCGAGAACCUGCUGCUGGACGGCAGCAUGGACAUCAAGCUGGCAGAUUUUGGAUUUGGGAAUUUCUACAAGUCGGGAGAGCCCCUGUCCACGUGGUGUGGGAGCCCCCCGUACGCGGCCCCAGAAGUCUUUGAGGGGAAGGAGUACGAAGGCCCCCAGCUGGACAUCUGGAGCCUCGGCGUCGUGCUGUACGUGCUGGUGUGCGGGUCGCUCCCCUUCGACGGACCCAACCUGCCGGCGCUGCGGCAGCGGGUGCUGGAGGGCCGCUUCCGUAUCCCGUUCUUUAUGUCUCAAGACUGUGAGACGCUGAUCCGCCGCAUGCUGGUGGUGGACCCCAGCAAGCGCAUCACCAUCGCCCAGAUCCGGCAGCACAGGUGGAUGCAGGCCGAGCCCCCGGUGCCGCGGCAGGCCUGCACGGCCUUCUCUGCGCUCAGCUACAACGCCAGCCUGGGCCGCUACGAUGAGCAGGUGUUGGGGAUCAUGCACACCCUGGGCAUCGACCGGCAGAGGACCGUGGAGUCACUGCAGAACAGCAGCUACAACCACUUUGCUGCCAUUUAUUACCUCCUCCUCGAGCGGCUGAAGGAGCAUCGGCACACACAGCCGUCGGCGCGGCCCGGCCUGGCCCGGCAGCAGAGGCCGCGCAGCUCGGAUCUCGGCGGCUUUGAGGUGCCUCAGGAAGGCCUGUCUGGUGACUCUUUCCAGCCCUCCCUGCUGUGCCCACAGCCCCAGGCCUUCGGGCAGUCUGUCUUGCAGGCGGACGCAGACUGUGACCCCCUCAGCUCACUCCAGCCCUUGCUCUUCCCCCUGGACGCCAACUGCAACGGAGUGUUCCGGAAUCGCCCCACCUCCCCGAGCGGCCUGCUAGACGCGAGCAUCAGUGAGGAGGUCAGGCAGGGCCAGGGCCUGGAGGAGGAGCGGGAGCCGCAGGAGCCCCUGUCCGGCGGCACAGGCCGGAGGCACACGCUGGCCGAGGUCUCCACCUGCUUCUCCCCGAGUGCCCCUCCGUGUAUCGUCGUCUCCUCCUCCGCCGCGAGCCCUUCGGAGGGCACCAGUUCCGACAGCUGCUUGACCUUCUCGGCCGGCGACGGCCCAGCGGGGCUCAGUGGACGCCUGGCCGCCCAGGGGCUGGUGGGCACCUGUUCCCCUCUCAGACUGGCCUCACCGCUCCUGGGGGCCCAGUCUGCCACCCCAGUGCUGCAGGCUCAGGGGGCCCCAGGAGGGGUCACUCUGCUCCCCAUCAGCUUCCAGGAAGGCCGGAGGGCGUCGGACACCUCGCUCACUCAAGGGCUGAAAGCCUUCCGGCAGCAGCUGAGGAAGAGCACGAGGGCCAAAGGGCUCCUGGGCCUGAACAAGAUCAAGGGGCUGGCUCGCCAGGUGUGCCCGCCCUCCUCUUCCAGCCGGGCCACGAGGGGCGGCCUGAGCGCCUUCCAGCUGCCCACGCCGAGCCCGGGCCCGCACGGCGGCGGGGCCGGCAGCCGGGAGGGCCGGAGCCUGCUGGAAGAGGUCCUACACCAGCAGAGAUCUCAGAGAGGGGGCGGUGGCACCAGCUCCCCCGCCAGCCUGGCCGCCCGGAGCUGCCCUCCCCCGGAAAGUUUCCGCCUCCUGGUCGCUCUGGCGGGCGUCCGGGUACUGCCCGGGGCCGUGACCGCGGCAGACCCAGGGGCGGCUGAGCCCAGCACGCAGAGGAGCACGGGGGCCCCAGAAGGUGGCCUCUGCUGUCGGAUGCGCCUGGAUGUGAUCCGCGCGGCAGUCUUCCAGGCCUGUGGCGGCGGACAGGGCCGAGCCAUGCCUGGCUUUCUCCUGGUCAAGACGGCGUGUAAUUUCCUGCAGACAGUCCGUGCCGCGUGCGCCUCCGAUCGUCGCGUGGCGGCUCGUGCAGGGGUCGCCCGCUGGGGCCUCAGCCUCUCUCGCUGCGGAGCCGCGCUCGCUGGGCCAGCGUCUGUGGUCCCUCCGCAGUCGGCGGACAGUCGGGCCGUUUCCGGACUGUUGUGCCUCCUGGACGAGCUGACCGUGCUUCCGUUGCGGGCGAUUCCUGGCCGUGGAUCCCCCUUGUUCCGAGGUCUGUUCUGGUGUUUUCGCCGCUGUCUGGCUUCCGUACGAUGGUCCAACCUGGGGUCUCGGGUGGGAGCCCAGUCCGCCAUCUCUGCUCUUUACACGGACUUCCCUUGUUCUGACGGGACUGUGGAGCCAGUACCUCCCUGCUGUGCGGCUGUGCCCGUGGCCUCUCUUUCCACCUGCCCCUCAGCCAACAGCAGCACGUGCCCCGGGCUCUCAGAGGACACAGAGGACACCGGGCCAACGCACGGCAGCCAAGUCGUCUGCCUGUCUGAGUUGGGCGGUGAUUAUCGCCUCCCGCAGGUGUGCCGUGGCCUCAGCCACCGGGGAGCCCCGAGUGCUCGCAGCGCCCUGGACCUGCUGGGUGGUUCAGGGGAGAGCCAGGGGUCAGGGAGCUCCCCAGAUGCCACCCCGCGGUCCCCGGCUCCUGGUGUCCGGGCCCUUGUGGAGUCUGGGCUGCUCUGUGCCAAGGUGAGUGGCAGCCGGGACGAGGUCACAGGCGACAUUGUGGUUUCCACCUUACCCCCUUUCGGAUCACUGACCCUGGUGGACCCCGGCCGCCAUGCUGUGAGGACGUCCGCGUGGCUCUUCGGAGAUGCCAAGCGGCCGGGCACCGAGGGCCCUGCCAACGGCCGUGUGAACUCACCUUCUCGAAAACAGACCCUCCGGCCCCGGUGA